CUUUCUUCUUCUUCUUCUUCUUCUUUUUCCCCGUCGACGCUCCUGUGAAAGAAGCCCGGAAAUUGCCUUGUCAGGAGAACUGUGGUUUCUGCAAAGUGUUGUGCUGUUAGCUGCUUGUCCAUUGCUAGCUAAGGUCAUAUUUCACUUUUGGGCAAGUCUGCUCAAAAUGCAAAGCGAGAACCUGGAUCCAGUAAAUUACUAUGUGGGAAUUGACGUUGGCACAGCAAGUGUCCGUGCGGCUUUGGUAGACCAGUUUGGGACGGUAGUGGCUUAUGCAGACCAGCCAAUUCAAAUUUGGUCACCGCAACCUGGCCACUAUGAGCAAUCUUCUGAUGACAUCUGGGCUGCUUGCUGUAUAGUCACAAAGAAAGUUAUCCAAGGAAUUGAUAUUUCCCAGAUUCGAGGACUUGGUUUUGAUGCGACCUGUUCCCUUGUUGUUCUAGAUAGCCAUUUCCAGCCCUUGGCAGUCAACUCUGAAGGAGAAUGCAACAGAAACAUUAUCAUGUGGAUGGACCAUCGUGCAGCUGAUCAAGUGGCACGCAUCAAUGGGACACAGCACAAUGUCUUCUGCUUUGUUGGUGGUGCAAUGUCUGUUGAGAUGCAGCCGCCUAAGUUGCUGUGGAUGAAAGAAAAUUUGCAAGAGUCUUGCUGGGAAAAGGCUGGGCACUUCUUUGAUCUUCCGGAUUUCUUAUCUUGGAAAGCAACAGGUGCCACUGUGAGGUCUUUGUGCACAUUGGUGUGUAAGUGGACAUACUCUUCAGAGAAAGGCUGGGAUGAUAGUUUCUGGAAGCUGAUUGGACUAGAAGAUCUGGUGACAAAUAAUUAUGCAAAAAUAGGAAAUGAAGUUCUCACUCCGGGAGCUCCAGUUGGAAAGGGGCUAACACCAGAAGCUGCAAAAGACCUGGGCCUUUCUAAGGGAAUUGCUGUAGCUGCGUCUCUCAUUGAUGCCCAUGCUGGAGGGAUAGGCAUGAUUGGAGCCAAUGUGAAAGGGCAUAAUGUGCCCUGUGAAAACCAGCCGAUAACUUCCCGAAUUGCUGUGAUAUGUGGGACAUCUUCAUGCCACAUGGCGAUAAGCAAGUCCCCCAUCUUUGUCCCUGGUGUUUGGGGACCUUAUUACUCAGCAAUGGUGCCAGGCUUCUGGCUAAAUGAGGGAGGCCAAAGUGCUACAGGAAAACUGAUAGAGCAUGUCGUCCAAGGACACGCUGCUUUCCCAGAACUACAAACAAAAUCUGCAGCCAGUGCUCAAAGUAUAUAUACAUACUUGAACAGUCACCUGGAUCUGAUUAAGAAAUCUUUGCCUUUGGGUUUCCUCACUGUUGAUUUACAUGUUUGGCCAGAUUUCCAUGGCAAUCGAUCUCCCCUUGCAGAUCUGACUCUAAAGGGCAUGGUGGUGGGACUGACAUUAUCUCAAGGCCUUGAUGAUCUUGCUCUGAUCUAUUUAGCCACAAUUCAGGCCAUUGCAUUGGGAAUGAGGCAUAUUGUGGAAACUAUGCAAGCUGCAGGGCAUCAUGUCAGCACGCUCUUCAUGUGUGGUGGGCUGAGCAAGAACCCUCUCUUUGUGCAGAUGCACGCAGAUAUCAUUGGCAUGCCUAUUGUCCUGGCCCAAGAGAUAGAGUCUGUUCUAAUGGGUGCUGCUAUUCUUGGAGCCUGUGCUUCUAAAGAUUUUGCUUCUCUUCAGGAUGCUAUGGAAAAGAUGGGGAGAGUUGGGAGAAUUGUGCUGCCAAACCACAAGGAUAAAAGAUUUUAUGACAAGAAGUACCAGGUGUUUCUAAAACUUGUGGAACAUCAACGGGAGUAUAAAACCAUCAUGCAGAGUGUGUAGUCAGCGUGAAGAAAUACCACUCAUGGUGUUGGAGGGUUGUUCUUUCCAUUUCAUUCACUGAUUUUAUCUAAAUCAAUGAUAAGGCACAAUGUAUUGCUAAUAAAAAAUACUGAAUACUGUAUAGCCUGUUGAACAGGUUCUCCAAGCUAAUGCCAAACACAUACAUUGAUCUGGCUACAAUGGAAGCAAAAAUCUGGAAGAUGAUACUUCCAGAAGCAUGAACUGGCGGUGGGGGGAGAUAAAUAAUAAUAGGGUCCAAUCCUAUGCAGGUUUAGACGGAAAAAUGUCCUACAAGUCCCAGUAUACCCCAGCCAUACCUCAUCAUCACAGUGGCCCCACAGAGUAACAAGACCAAAUUAGCUCAUUUCCCCUUAAAAUUGGGAUGUGAUUAUGUUGGAGGUGGUAUACUACCUAAAUGCAACCUCUAUUAUUUCUUCAAAUAUAUAUUAAUGGAACAUUAUCUUUUAACAGUGAAUAAUCAAUGUCUUAUAUGGUCACUACUGUGAGCAAGUUAUGGGCACAAUCCUGUGCAUAUUUAGUCAGAAAAAUGUAGUUGGGAGUUGUAGGACUUUUUUCUGUCUAAACAUGUAUAGUAUUGUGCCCUUAAUGAACUUUGCAGAGCAAAUCAUGGCAGGGUAGAGAGUGAUAUUUUACAACAUAUCCAUCAGCUUUGAAUCUUAGCUGUUACUUAAGACUGGAAUCAACUUUCUGUGCUAAACUGCCAGAGCCAGCAUUUAUAGCAAAGAUAAUCUAGAUCAUCCAUAAAAAUCCCUCCCCCUUCUUAAAUGUUUGUACAAUUAUUUUAGUUGAUCGAUAAAAAUCACAGAGUGCAUCAGUUAUUCAAACUCGUAUGUGUCUAGGUAAAACCAAAUGGUGGGAUAUGCAACGAGUAUAAAUAAAUAAAUUACCCCCAAUCCAUAUUCUCCUGAACUUAUAAUUCUCGAUUCAAGUAUUGUUCUACCUGUGGGUUGCUGCCUCUCUCCGCCCCUCCCACUAACUCAAAGCUGGCAUUCCCUAACAGCAUAAAGGCAUGUUAGGGAAUUCAGAUGAAGAGGUUGCAUAGCUGCUGAUUAAUCCUAUGUGUAGCCAAAAAUAACACAAAUGCCUGGCUCAAUUAAUUAGAUUUCUUUUGAACUCUGCUGCCAGCCCACUUUUCACAAUUCUCAUUCUAUAGUGCCCCCUUGGGGUAGAAUGAGGCACAGCUGGAUCAGGUUGCCUCAUUGGCUCCAGCCAUGAAACACCUCAGGGAACAAGAAGCAGAAAACCGUGGAUAGUAAGUGCCCAAGAGACCCCGCAAAGAACAGCCGAUCUGGGUGCCCACUGAAUACAUUGUCUCCCGGAAUUUGCCUUGCUUUUGUUCCUGCUUGCCCUGCAUGAGCUAACCCACACAUUUCACAGGAAUGAUAUUUUUUUCAAAAACCUUAGUGUAUAUGUUAAAAGAAGAAACACUGCA